GGGAUAUGUAUUAUGUUUAUGUCAUGUUGCAACAUGACAGUAUGAUACAAAAUAAAAAAUAUUUUAUUAUUUAUUUUUUAUAUAUUUUUACAGUAUAUUUUUUAUAUAUUUGUAUGUAGUUUAAUAGUAAUGGUACCAUGGAUAUUUCAUAUUUUCAUAUAUUUUUUAUUUGUGUCAUGUUGUCCUGGUCAUUAGGCAUUGGGUGACUUUUGUGUUAAUAUUGAAGGUUAUGUUGUUUUGUUAUGGUUUGUUUUGAUAACAUCUAGCCAUGGAGAUCUACAUUAAACUCCAUGCAGCUAGCCUAGACCUGGACAUGCUAGUGUUUAUUUAAUUUUAUGACCUACAUCUGUUAAUUUGUUUAAUCCAACAUGGCAGGGACACGUGAGGAUUAUAAAUAUUCUCAUAUAGUGGCUUUUUUUUUCUCGUUAAAGAAUGUUUUUAUUUUGUAACUUUGCCAGCUGGUUAAACAACAACUUCAUCCUGCUCAAAUACACCAUGAUCAUACUAUUCGACAUGAUGAGAUACAUUAGAUACCAAGGCCGAAUGAAGCAUAUUAAAAAAGAUCCAGAUAAAUUGAAAAUUUGAUUACAAGAAAAUGUAAAAUUUUUCAAUAAUAAAUUUGAUAAACAACACAGUACACAACAAAAGCAAUAACGAUAGAUAGUGUUGAUAGUUGUCAGCUAAUAAUAGUAAUAAUAUAUUCAACCAAAUUGAAUAAAAAUGUUAUUUUUUUUUUCAAAACAAAAACAAAAUGACAAUAUUUUAUUAUUUUUCUUUUUCUUUUUCUUUUUCUUUUUCUUUUUCUUUUUCUUUUUCUUUUUCUUUUUCUUUUUCUUUUUCUUGCCGAUUAUCUUUAUAUUUUAUUUUACAAAAAAAAAGUUUCAUUCAGAAUUAGACUUCCACGUUGAAACAUCAUAAAAUAAUUAGUUGCAAUUAUUAAAAAUUGAUUAACAAUAUUAAUUAAUAAUGGAAAAAACUUGUCUUCAUUAUUUGUUAGAUACAAAAACUAAAAAAGUUUAUCCAGUUUUACUAAAACUUGAUGCAUACAUUAAAGUUUUAACAAAUAAACAAUAUUCAAAAUUAAUUUAUAAAAAAGCAAUGGAACGUUAUCACAACAACAAAACAUUACCAAUUAAUUUAACAAUAGAUAUUGAUGUGGAACAAGUUGGUGAUGGUCUUGAAGAUAGCAGACACAAUCCAAGAUUAAUAAUUAAUGAAAUGAUACAAAACAAUGGACAACAAGCAGAAUUGAUUGGACAUGUUGAAAAUUUACCAGUCGACUUACCAAUAAAUAUUGAUAUGGAGCAAAUUGGUCUUGAAGAUAGCAGACACAAUCCAAGAUUAAUAAUUAAUGAAAUGAUACAAAACAAUGGACAACAAGCAGAAUUGAUUGGACAUGUUGAAAAUUUACCAGUCGACUUACCAAUAGAUAUUGAUAUGGAGCAAAUUGGUCUUGAAGAUAGCAGACACAAUCCAAGAUUAAUAAUUAAUGAAAUGAUACAAAACAAUGGACAACAAGCAGAAUUGAUUGGACAUGUUGAAAAUUUACCAGUCGACUUACCAAUAAAUAUUGAUAUGGAGCAAAUUGAUCUUGAAGAUAGCAGACACAAUCCAGGAUUAAUAAUUAAUGAAAUGAUACAAAACAAUGGACAACAAGCAGAAUUGAUUGGACAUGUUGAAAAUUUACCAGUCGACUUACCAAUAGAUAUUGAUAUGGAGCAAAUUGGUCUUGAAGAUAACAGACACAAUCCAAGAUUAAUAAUUAAUGAAAUGAUACAAAACAAUUUACAACUUCUUGACAACGUUGUUUCAGCAGUAAAUGAAGACAACGUUGAAGAUUUUUAUAAAAAAAUGUAUCCCAUUCUUACUCGACAAUGUAAUGAAUAUUUACUGAGAGAUGCUGACAUGAGAGAUGGUACGAAUCAUUUGCAACUGCCAAGGAUUCCAUGCUUAGAGCAAUUAUUGGAAUGUAAGCUCGAGGAAGAUGACUUGAAUGAGCAAGUUGAAUAAUAUUAUUUUUGAGGAUAAUAUCAAUUUGUCUUGUUCACCAAUCCAUAUCCAAUGAUCUAUUCCAUAGAAAUCAUAAUUUAAAAAAAAAAUAUAUAUAUUUUAACUUUUUUUUUUUUCAAUAAAAAUUGAUUGAUUUUAGAAAUGAUUUGACAACUUAAUAAAAAAAUAAUCAAAAUAAAACAAAGUUUAAAACUAUAAAACAAAAUGUAUCAACGUAUUUAAUAUUAAAUGGUUUUAUAAUUAUAUAAUAUUAAUAAUGAUUUGACAGCUGAUAUUAAAAUAAACAAAAUAAAAUAUAAAACAAAUUGUGUUAAC